AUGCUGCUAAGCGUGGCGCCGCAGGUGCAUGUGUGUAUGAUUUUGGACACUUGUGGCUGCCAAACAAUUUUGGACCCCGCGGGCACCGGCAGCGUCUGGACCUUCAUCAAAGGAGUUAAGCAGAAGGGUCUGUGGCCGCUCCUCACGGACCCAACGAACCGCAUGCAGCGCGCAAGCUACAACUCGAAUGUGUGGCUAGAUCCUAAUAUGCAGGCGCAGCGCGUGCGGCCACGGUACCUGCCCUGCGUGGAGAUCUCCUCGGCCAACGCCGUCAGGUGUCCUGUCCUUUGCGCCUCGAGGCCGCUCACUGGCAACAGCAAGGCCUACCUCUUGGCAGCAGCACCGUGGAGCCAAGUGGCCGUCGAAGCAGCACUUCCUUCUCUCGAACUUCCAGUUCGACUUUCUCAAGAAGGGCCUCCCGUCUUCGCCCCCUCCAUCACCGCCUCCGAGGGCGGAAAGCCAGUGGUCCACGGGGUGUUCACGUGGUGCCUCGUAUCUGUCCUCCUUGAGCUCUUCGGCCCCACAAAUGCCUCGAGGGGCCGCCGCGUUUCUUACCAGGGCCUCAUCGACAGAGUCAGGAAUCGCCUGCGGGACCUCAAGUGGAAGACCGGCAGAGCUCGCGAGAGACAGUGGCGUCCUACGAGACGUUUGCGCCGAAGCAGCCGCUGGCAGCAGCAGGGCUUUCUGCUGCUGUUGCUGCUGCUGCAGCGGGAGGCAGGUGUGGGGUUUAUGUAUACCCCAGGCAGCACUUUGCUGGUGCCCCCGCCGAAGGAGCUGCAGCAGCAGCAGCAGCAGCUGCUGCUGCAGCUGCCGCCGGACGCCGCCGCCCCAGCAGCAGCGGCAGCAGCAGCAGCAGCAGCAGCAGCAGCAGCAGCAGCCGUACAGCGCGGCGGAGUGCUACCGCCUGGUGCAGGAGCGGCAGAGCUCGCGAGAGACAGUGGCGUCUUACGAGACCAGCCGCUGGCAGCAGCAGGGCUUUCUGCUGCUGUUGCUGCUGCUGCAGCGGGAGGCAGGUGGGGCCCCCCGCUGCAGCAGGAGGGGGGCCCCCAGCGAGACCCAGCGGACUGCGCUGCCAGCAGAAGCAGCGGGGACUCCCCACCGCCGCCUCCCGAUCCCAGGGACUUGAGGGUUUUGAGAAGCCAAGGUGUGGGGUUUAUGUAUACCCCAGGCAGCACUUUGCUGGUGCCCCCGCCGAAGGAGCUGCAGCAGCAGCAGCAGCAGCUGCUGCUGCAGCUGCCGCCGGACGCCGCCGCCCCAGCAGCAGCGGCAGCAGCGGCGGCAGCAGCGCGGGGUAGGGCCGCCGGCGGGGCGCCGCCGCAGCAGGGCAGCCCCGCGCUUGCUGCUGCUGCUGCUGCUAGGGAAGCUUACGUUGCAGCAGCAGCAAAACACAUUAGUGAUAAAGCUAGUGCAGAAGCAGCUUUGGGAGCAGCAAGUAAUGCAGCCUAUCAGGCCCACCUGCGGAAGAUGCAGGAUGUGGCGCCGCAGGCGAGCGAGCUCGCGCGUCUGGUGAUGCAGCAGCAAGUGGCUGCGCAGCAGCAGCAGCAGCAGGGGGGCCUCCCGGGGCCCCCGGGGGCCCCCGGGAGCCCCCCAAGUGCCCGCAAACACAGCAAGCGAGGUCUUAAACAAAAGAAAAUACCCAUUUACGAUGCAUCCUCGCCCCCCAUUUACGAGGCCACGCCAGACUGA